AUGCAAGCCAGCCUCUUCAAAAUCCUCGCUAUCACUGCCGCCUUUUCGACGGUGCAGUCCGCCCCAGUAGAGACUGCUGAGGGCCAGGUCACCAAGGGGCAAGUUAACGGAACUGAGACCAACGAAACUCACAUCAACGAGGCUCAGGUCAACGAGGCUGAUGUCAACAAGGUUGAUGUCGAUGAUGCAAGGGUGGUGCAUCUCCUGUAUAGCAUGGACAAGACUGCCAUACGAGCCGUCGUCGCGGGUACCGUGGCAUAUGACACGCUCAGGGGUCAGGCCACCUGGUUCGAGAUGCCCUCCGAGGUGGAGGGCAAGGUCCCUGGCGUCUACGUGAUCGGCAUGAGCCGUGAAGGGCAGCAGGGGCAGUUCUUGAACAUGAGCGAGACCCAGAGGCUGAUUGAUGGAUUGGAAAGCGGCAAGGUCCGACAGAUCCAGAGCCCGCUGUACGUGGAUUGUUCGACCAACUUGCGAGCCCGGACAAGUGCCUACAAGCGCACGGCGCGAAGGGGCCUUGUCAAUGUCAACAAGCCAUUGUGCCUGGUCCUCAACACCAUUGAGGCUCUGAGCCUCUCUGUUGACUUGACUGUGCGCGUCACUUUACGGAUCUGGGAGGCGGACCAGUUACCGUUGGCCGAGCAACUCAUCACAACCCUCGCCUUCUCCCUCGUUCACCAGUGCGGCUUCAAUGCUACGGAAGCUGGAGGCACCGGAUCGUCCACAGUCAAUCCCACGUCGGCAAGUCUGAGGAAGAGCACCGAGCUCAUCAUGGCACAUUCGAACACUAUGGAGCAGAAUCUCCGAGCAACGUUGGCUGGCCUCGAGCAAAGACGCAAGUUCCUGGACGACCUCGACCGCAUCGGUGAUAGGUUUAAGGCCUUAGGCAAGGCGGCGAGGGAGGCAACCCCCAAAGAGGAAUUCUUUAGCGGGCGGAGCUACGAAGAGGUCAAACAGAUCAUGGCCGCGAAGAAGCAGAAGCUCAGGGAUCGGCUUGACCAGUUGAGACGAGAGAACCAACAGAUGGAACUCCUCAACAACAUUCUUGCGAUCCGGGCCAGACGAAAGGUGCCAUCUGUGAACAAGCUUCUGGAGGAGGAAGGCGAGGAUCCGGACGUGCAGCCACCGCUCCCCACUGGCUCGACGGAUGCCGAGAACGAGCGCGGCGCUGACGUGACUUACACGAGGGGAUGGACCGUGAUGUACCUGAGGAGAUGGACCUCGAUGUACCUGAGGGACUCGAUAGGCCCGAGGGGCUCGAGGGUGAGAACAGCCCCAGGUCGGCUCGCCGCUGCCACGCAGUACCCAUUCCUCCCCUGGGGACGGGUUCAGACAAGGCUUUGA